GCGCCUCCUUUCGCGCAUGAGCAGUUCUGUUCCGAGCCCGCCAGUCGCGGUCUCCGGCGCCAGCUACGCCGCUGUCACUAUGGCCCAUUACAAAGCCGCCGACUCGAAGCGUGAGCAGUUCCGGAGGUACUUGGAGAAGUCGGGGGUGCUGGACACACUGACCAAGGUGUUGGUAGCCUUAUAUGAAGAACCAGAGAAACCUAAUAGUGCUUUGGAUUUUUUAAAGCAUCACUUAGGAGCCGCUACCCCAGAAAAUCCAGAAAUAGAGUUGCUUCGCCUAGAAUUGGCAGAAAUGAAAGAGAAAUACGAAGCUAUUGUAGAAGAAAAUAAAAAACUGAAAGCAAAGCUUGCUCAGUAUGAACCACUUCAGGAGGAGAAGCGUGCUGAAUAGGAUUCUUCUCAGUUGAAAAGACACUGAAAAAUGGUUUUGUAUGACUUGAAUAGUUUGUAUAGUAUAUAAUCUUUUUUGAACAGAUGCUAUAGAACUCAAUUUUAAUAUGUUAAAUUCACCUAUCACACUCUGUUAUAAACAUACAUACAUAGAAUCACCAAUAAAAACUCAAUAUAACUUUCUUUGGGUCUUAAAGCAGGAGAAUCCAAAGUAAAUCCUGGAAAAAACCUAAACAGAGCCAUCUAAUUCAUUACCUUAAGAGAUAUUGUUUAUUAGUCUGAUUAAGAAUGAUGGUACUGGUUGUAUUUUAGCCAUGACAGUUUAGCAUGAAGCUAUUCCUUGGUGUAUUUCAGGAUAUGAGGUACAGUCAUUCUUUAAAAUGAAGAUGACACUGUUGUUUAUAUUCUCCGUAGGCAGCUGGAGAGAUCUGUGUGACAUGAGAUGCUUUUGCACGGGUUCCCAUGAAUCUUCUGCUCUUGUUUAUAUAGUGCAGAACAAAUAACUCUUCUUUGCCACCACUUUGCCUUAGAUAACUGUGUGUGUGCCAGUAUGAACUCUGACACCACGUUUUCCUUCUAUGCAAUCAUGCCCUGUCUUGAUAAUCUUGCCUCGCUUUGCUCUGCGCUUUAGUGGGCCCUAGUUGUGCACUGGCCUUUCUGUGCUAUUUUUCAAUUUGCCUAAUAAUAGCAGUUACCCUGAUUGUAAUUUAUGUAACUUAAAAACAGAAUCACACUGUACCCCUGCUUGCCUUAUUUGCUUAGUUGAGCACAGAACAGAGGCAAUAUACAACUCUGGGUUCACUCACAAGCUGGGAUGAGAAGGGGAAAGAGCCAUAUAUCAUGGAAAAUUAUAGUUUGUAGAUAUAAUUAUAUAGUGCUUUUUCCCCCCUCAAUGUAUUUUUCUAGCCUUGAAUUCAUUUUAUCUUCAUUAUCCCUGUGAAGUAGGUAGGGCAAGUAUGAGGGGAGGUUGGGUGCUUAAUUUUUAGGCCAAAGACUGAUAUUAAUACAAAUUAUUCACUAACUGUAGAACCUUGGGCAUAUCAGUUAACUGCUCUGAGAUUCACUUUCCUCAUCUGUUAAAUAAGAAUAUCUAUGCUGCCUACCUCACAGGGUUGUUGUGAGGGUCAAAUGAGAAUGUAUGUGAAAGAUUUGUAAAUGGUAAAGCACUAUAUUCUUGUUUG